GACUUGUGAAGGGGAGAAUCUUGGCAUUUAUUUUUACUUUUUUUUUUUUUGGUGGUGUUUUUAGGAGUUCUGUUUUCUGGAUUCCGUUUCCGGUUCAUGUAGAAAUGCAGGGGUUCUGGGCACCGCUUGGUCUCUCAAAGAUGGGAUUCCAGUGUGGAAGAUAGCGGUGUUAGAUGGUGGUUGAAUGCCUUUUUCUUGGGCUCUGAUGAAGUUUUUCUCAACUGGUUGGAAUUGGGCAUUGACCAAUUCCUGGUUUCACCAAUAAAGGAAACAUGAAAUCAGGAUCCAAAAAGGGCUGUAAUUCCAUCAUGCCUCUUCAUUUGAAAGGCAAAGCAGCCACCCGUUUUAGCAUGUUCUCAAAAGUGAAGCCGGAAAGCUUUGGUCCAGGCAACACCCCUGUUUUUCUUAAUGUGUAUGACUUGACACCCAUGAAUGACUAUUUCUAUUGGGCAGGCCUGGGGAUCUUUCACUCUGGCGUGGAAGUUCAUGGUGUUGAAUAUGCCUUUGGGGCUCAUGACUACCCAACAAGUGGUGUCUUUGAAGUUGAUCCUCGGCAGUGCCCUGGCUUCAAGUUUAGGAAGUCAAUAUUCAUGGGUACGACAUGCAUGGAUCCCAUUCAGGUUAGGGAGUUCAUGGAACAUCACUCUGAAAAUUACAACGGUGAUACUUAUCACUUGAUUGGUAAGAACUGCAACCAUUUUUGCAAAGAUAUCUGCUACAAGCUGACAGGGAGCAAAAUUCCCAAAUGGGUAAAUCGACUUGCAAGAAUAGGGUCAGUCUGCAACUGCAUACUCCCUGAGGCCCUUAAGGUAUCUGCUGUGUGUCAUGACCCCACCAAUUAUGAAGGAUAUGCAAGUGAGAAGAAAAGACUGAAAAAUGCCUUCAGUUGCUUGUCUUCAAUCUCAAUUGGGCAGAGACAACCAUCAUGGGAAUUGAGAAGAUCCAACAACAAUUCAUUGAAAGAAAGGUGAAGAAGAUCCAACAACAACUCAUUGAAAGAAAGGUGAAGAAGCACAAUCUCUCAUGUUCAACUGC